GCUGGACAGUGAAGUGAUAAGGUUUGUGUAAACACCAGCAGAGCCGAGGUUCUGUUCCGUCCACUCUACCACAGCGCUGCACAGACAUGGCUGGACUGCAGAUCCUCAGGAAAAGGCUGUUACUGCUGUUCUUUCUGGUUCUUUACGCCAUUUCUUCAGGGUUCUCCAUGGACGUUUGUUCCAACACCAUUCUACCCGGCUCUAAAGGAGAUCCCGGCGAGGUCGGAGAUGCAGGAGAUGAGGGACGACUCGGGAAAACCGGACCACCGGGACAAGCGGGAGUCCCAGGGGAAAAUGGAGAGAAAGGAGACACUGGGAGAACUGGGAAACCUGGACCUGCAGGAGAACAAGGAAAAACAGGGGAUCCAGGGACUGCUGGAGAUUCAGGGUUAAAGGGGAAAACAGGUUCGACGUGUGACUGUGGGAGAUACAGGAAAGUAGUUGGACAGAUGGACAUCAACAUCAACAAACUGAAAAACACCAUCAAGUUCCUGAAAACCGUGAUUCUGGGUGUUAAGGAGACGGAGCAGAAGUUCUACCUGCUGGUGAAGGAGGAGCGCAAACACAGUGAUGCUCAGCUGACCUGCAGGCUAAGAGGUGGAACCCUGGCAGUGGCUGACAGCGAGAACAUCAGCACACUGCUGGGUUCCUACAUCAGCGAGGCAGGUCUCACUCACGUUCUUGUCGGAACCGGAGGAGAACACGAGCAUGUGGGAAACUCCACAGUUUCAGGUGGCAGCUGCACACACCUGGCAUCUAAUGGAGCGCUGAGCCCCACUGAGUGUGAUGCCCAGAAGUUCUACAUCUGUGAGUUCUCUAGGAACUAAGCGCAAAAUCUUCAUACAGAAAGACAACUGGAGAGGAACAAGUUUUUUAGAGAUUCCUCAAGUUCUGGAAACUCUUUCUGAUGGGAAACGUGUUUUUGACGAAUGUGUGGAAAUUGUAAAAUAAUCUGUUUUAAAAUAAUUUAAGACUUAUUUUAAAAUGACUGUAUUACAUAUAAUUAUACAUAACAUAUAAAUAGCAUAAUAAAUGACUUACUAAGCUAGCGUUCUGUUAGUUGUAAUUUCUGAUGAAAUCUUGACCUUUUUCCACUCAUGUUUAUGUUGUUUAUCUCUUUUGUAUUUUGUAUAUUGUAUUUUUAUUCCACUGUGUUAUUGAGAUAAGAAUCAAUAAAAAUAGAGGAUUCAGAUCUCUUUAAACAUUUUAAUAUUUAAAUAUAAAUUGGUUUGUUAAAACAGUGCUAUUACAUGUAGCUACAUGUGUAAGAAACUAUUUGGGGGCGGAGCUACAUGACCUGUUGCUGAUGUCAAUAUAUAAACUACACAGCAUCUAGCUACAUGAACUAUGUGCUAAGCAACGCUAGUUUGAUAACUUAGCUAAUAAUAGCCAUGGCUAGAUGGUGGUUGUCAUGGUAACGAAGCAUUAUAUUCAGACAGGUUUGAUUACUGUUA